ACCCAUGGUGCCCCUCUUGAGAGGGGGAAGAUAUCACCUGAGAUGGAAGAUGGAAAGACCAGGGUCCCUGUGGCUGAGGACUGAGCCUGUGUUUGAGGUUUCACAGAGGAGUGAAGGCAACAAAAGAGGCAAGAGUUGGAAGAAAGGUGACAAGGAACAAAAGUCAGCCAUGCCUGAUGCUACUGGGUGGCCAGCAACAAUGCAGACUUGGCCAAGGCUCUGAGAGCUUUAUUAUGCUGGGACUGGAGGUCAGAGUUGAGGCUAGGGUAAGAGCAGGGGGCUCAGAUGGAGGGGGAGGAGGACCUGAACAAUGUCCAGAAGGGAAGAGAUUUGAAUCUCUAUCCAACAGAGGACCCUGUGAGCAGCACAGAGGGCACAGCAAGGGACAUCCCCCGGUUCUCCAAAUGCUCAGAGCCACAAGUGAAGCCGAAAGUGAAAGACAAGAUGCAGAAAACCGCCACGGGCCUUUGAAGGGUAAAGGCGAAAGCGAAAGCAGGAAGGACAGACCUCGAGCCUAGCAGAGGACUUUUUAGUUCCUCACUGGCCCCACUUGUCUGACCCACUCAUCCACCCGCGACCCCUAAUCCGCUCUGCCUGCCCCAAGAUGCUGAAGCCAGCCUUGGAGCCCCGAGGGGGCUUCUCCUUCGAGAACUGCCAAAGAAAUGCAUCCUUGGAACGUGUCCUCCCGGGGCUCAAGGUCCCUCAUGCACGCAAGACCGGGACAACCAUCGCGGGCCUUGUGUUCCAAGACGGAGUCAUUCUGGGCGCCGACACGCGAGCCACUAACGAUUCGGUCGUGGCGGACAAGAGCUGUGAGAAGAUCCACUUCAUCGCCCCCAAAAUCUACUGCUGUGGGGCUGGAGUAGCCGCUGACGCCGAGAUGACCACAAGGAUGGUGGCGUCCAAGAUGGAGCUACACGCGCUAUCCACGGGCCGAGAGCCCCGCGUGGCCACGGUCACUCGCGUCCUGUGCCAGACGCUCUUCCGGUACCGGGGCCACGUGGGUGCAUCGCUGAUCGUGGGCGGCGUAGACCUGACCGGACCGCAGCUCUACAGCGUGCAUCCCCAUGGCUCCUACAGCCGUCUGCCCUUCACAGCCCUGGGCUCUGGCCAGGGCGAGGCCCUGGCGGUACUAGAAGACCGGUUCCAGCCGAACAUGACGCUAGAGGCCGCUCAGGGGCUGCUGGUGGAAGCCAUCACCGCCGGAAUCUUGGGUGACCUGGGCUCCGGGGGCAAUGUGGACGCAUGUGUGAUCACGAAGACUGGCGCCAAGCUGCUGCGGACACUGAGCUCACCCACAGAGCCCAUGAAGAGGUCUGGCCGCUACCACUUUGUGCCUGGAACCACAGCUGUCCUGACCCAAACCGUGAAGCCACUAACCCUGGAGCUAGUGGAGGAAACUGUGCAGGCUAUGGAGGUGGAGUAAAAUAGGUUGAGGCUUAGAGCUUGGAACAAGGGGGAAUAAACCCAGAAAAUACAGUUAAACAGA